AUGUCUGUGGCAUCCCACAUUGGAAACAACUGGUAUAUCGUGCGUACUGGACCCGCCGCCGGACUCGAAUCAUCCAAUCCCGCGCCUGCUGGCUACUGGGCUGGGGACAAUGGUAUAAUUCGUGCUCAGCAUUCCGGCCUUCCUGCGUACAAAUCCAACAACGAUCCUGCCAUUCCCGCGCCUGCUGCAUUAAAAACUCUUCGUCUGUCAGUUCCUGCUGCCGCGCCUGCUGAUGCUGCUCGGACAUGCGUGCGCGAUCAAUUUCCUGCUGCUGGAACUGUUGCCGGACCCCAAAUGGAAUACCUCUGUGGUCAUUGGAUUCUGCGCUGGCUGCCAUGGUCUGCCUGUGAUGACUGGAUGCUGUGCUGGCUGCCAUGGUCUGCCUGUGAUGACUGGAUGCUGUGCUGGCUGCUAUGGUCUGCCUGUGAUGACUGGAUGCUGUGCCGGCCGCCAUGGUCUGUAUGUGAUCAUGAAUGGGGCUCUCCCAUGGUGCCUGUGACUGUAAGCUCUCGGAAUCAACACUGCUGGCCCUCUCGCUGGCUUCUGGGCUGGCUUCUGGGCUGGCUUCUGGGCUGGCUUCUGGGCUGGCUUCUGGGCUGGCUUCUGGGCUGGCUUCUGGGCUGGCUUCUGGGCUGGCUUCUGGGCUGGUUCUCGGACUGGCAGCUUCGCUGGAUUCCUGCUCUUCCAUCACCUGCCAAUCGGGGUCGCACCCAUCACAUCGUGCCUCACUGGUGA